GGAACACCGCAGGUCACAUGAUCUAACCUGCUCUGCUGCAGAUCCAGGUGCUGAGACUGCUGCUGUUUAAAGGACAAGUCUGAGACCUGAUCAGUCCUCUGGUCUCUGUGAGGGGGGAGCGCGUGUGUUAGCCUAGCUUAGCACAAAGACUGGAGGCAGAGGGAAACUGUUACUCAUCUUUUCUUCCGAUCGGCCUCGUACUGACUCUCUGCCCUCGACUCGACAAACUAAAACCUGAACCAGUGCCGAGACGUUCGAGUGUUUGUCCCUCGUGAUCAGAUCAGACUUUAUAGGAGUCAAAAUAUUCUGCAGGUCACAGUGAAGCUUCAUUAUCCUGAUGAUUAAUGACGUCUGUGUUUUUACAAUAAAUAAGAAGAAGAAGAAGAAACCUGAGCAGGUGAAAACUCACAAACAAAGCAGCAGAAAGAAAUGAAAUAAUUCUGUUCAGUGUGGAGACGGACUGGGAGUCAGCCCAGAGUCAGACAUGUAGACUGAGCUCAUGUCACUGCUGUCUGGAAGCAAAAACACUGAUUUAAAGGUGAAUAUUUUGGUUUUGCCCUCAGAUGUAGUGACUGUGUUGAAGAUGUGGUUUAGACAUUUUAAAGAGCAGUGAUGUUAAACACCAGGAGACACUGACUGACUCACAGCAGGAAGCUGCAGCUCCUUCUUCUUCUUCUGUGGUUUUAAAUCAGUGUCUGUGCUGAGGCUCAGCUGUGGGAGUGAAGGAGUUAAACAUGAGUGAAAAGUGAAGCUGCAGGCGACGAGUCCUCAGAGGAAAACAGGAAGAAACACCUGAGAGAGGUGAGAACAGAAACGCUGUGUGUCGACGUGUUCAGCCCCAGCUGCUUCUGAAAACAUCUGGACUCGUCAUGUGACAGACAUUUCUCACAUUACAGACAUCUGAGUUUCAGACCUGCUGUGAUCCAGAGUCCAGGUGAAGCUGCUGCUGCAGGUAAAGAUGUUUGAUCCACCACAAACCUCAACCCCCACUUCAUCUUUACUCCGCUGAAUAUUCAACAUAUUAUUAUCAUUACAGCUGAAAACUGAACCCACUGAUCUGAGACCAGGUGAAGCAGCUGGAGGUGAUUUAUUUAGUGACUGUCUCUGAUUGGCUGAGGCUUUAAUGAGUCGUUAAUAAAGCUCCACUCAUGAGACACACGUCACAUGUCUGACUCCAUGAUGCUGUAUGAAGCAGACACAGUGUUAAAGCUCCGUCACGAGUCUGUGUGAACAACAGGCUGUUUCACUGAGGAAGCUGGGAAAUGUAGUCUCUGUAGACUGAGACCAGGACCACGCUGAGACCAGGUCUCCUGACUGAGACUCAGAGGUUCAGCUGCUCAGGACACAGGAAACACUGAGGCUGAGGUCUAACAGUCCACCGAUGAAGCUUCAGUCUGAGGUGAAUGACUUGAAGAGUGUCAGACCUGGUCAGACCUGGUCAGACCUGGUCCACAUCUCCUUCACUGCUUCCUCUCAUUUCUCCUUCAGCAGAGGAGACACUGGAGAGAAUGAUGUUUGAUCAGAAACUGAUGAAAUCCUUCCUCCUCUAAAAAAAUACAUUUCUCUGAUUAACAAACAUAUAAAAGGUCAAAGGUCAGAGCAGGAAACUCUGUAUUUCUGUCUGAAUAUAACUGACUGAACAUUCUCUUCUUGUGUUUUCCUUCAUGUUGUCAUAUGGUCAGUGUUGGACAGGAAACCUGACUGAGUCUGUCUCUGUUCGUCUCCAGGUGUUAGAAAUAAAGUUGGUGUAAAAACCACCUGGUGUCAGAGUCCUCAUCACUUCAUCACCUCCUGAUGUUUUCCAUCGAGGUCGAGAAGGAGAGAGAUUAUUCUGACUGUCUCAGUUUAAUGACAUCACGAGGCAGUGAGGGAUCAUGGGAGUUGAUGUCUUCACCAUCAAAAUCUCCAGAGUUCAUCCUCAGAACAUUUCACUGGGAACUGACUCUGGACCAGCUGACGUUGAGCUGUAGGCUGAGGUCAAAGGUCAACAACAAUCUGCAGCUGUGAAUAAAUGCCGCUGGAAUCUGAGUCUGAUCCUGAUCCUGCAGUGCUGACGUGUCCAACGUGUCCGACGUGUCCCACAUCAAAGACUCUCAGGUCCGAGUCUCAGUGAGUUACUGACGGAUCAGCUGAUCAGGUUUCACUGCUCUGACUUCACCGACCUGAAGACGACUGUGUCUUUAAAAAGCUGAGGAGUCACUGAGUCCGAGUUCACACAGGGACAAAGAUCUGACCUGAGGUCCUCCGACAUGUCCGCCGUCCUGCUGCCGCUGAGCUGCUGCGUCCUCGUCGCCCUCGUCGCCCUCGUUGUCCCGCCCUGCGCAGGUCAAGGAAGUGACUGCAGCUGCAACGUCACCAACAGCCACUGUGACGACUCCGGGGUCUGCAGGUGUGACCCCGGCUGGGACGGCGAGCGCUGCGAGCGCUGCGUGCCGAUGCCCGGGUGCGUACACGGCUCCUGUCAGCAGCCGUGGCAGUGCAGCUGUGAGCCGGGCUGGGGGGGGCGCUUCUGUGACAAAGACCUGUCUGUUUGCUCGGAGCAGCAGCCGUGUCAGAACGGAGCUACCUGUGUGAUGGAGGACAGCGGUGAAUACACCUGCCUGUGUCCUGAAGGUUUCCAUGGCAGAGACUGUCAGCUGAAGACGGGGCCGUGUCAUCAGAGGAGGUCUCCGUGUAAAAAUGGCGGCCUGUGUGAGGACGCUGAUGGUUUUGCUGCAGAGCUGACGUGUCGCUGUCUGGCCGGCUUCACGGGCCCGCGCUGUGAGACCAACGUGGACGACUGUCUGAUGAGGCCAUGUGGUAACGGUGCCACCUGCCUGGAUGGCGUCAACCGCUUCUCGUGCCUCUGCCCUGCCGGCUUCACCGGACGCUUCUGCACCGUCAACCUGGACGACUGCGUCAGCCAGCCCUGCCUCAACGCCGGCCGCUGUCUCGACCGUGCUGGAGGCUUCCACUGUGUCUGCCGGCCCGGUUUCAUUGGGGCCACCUGUGAAACGCCGCAGAGGAAUCACGACCCCCGCCGGCCCGGCUGGACCACACUGGGGUGGGAGGGGGGAGGAAGGGGCGGGGUCAGACACCACCUGACCACUGUCGAUGAGAACCAGAGGAGUGGCAGUAACAGCAGUCGCCAUGACGAGCGGCUGUUUAAGGUGACGGUGAGCGAGCGGCGCGCCACCGGCCUGUCGGAGGUCCAGCUCAUCGUCCUGCUGGUGCUGGCCGGGCUGACACUCGGCGUGGUGGUGCUGACCGCCGCCUUCGUGCUGCAGGGUCACUGCAGGGACUGUGGCCACGCCCCCUGCUGGACGCUGACAUCAUCACCAGCGUCAGAGCGAGGACAGAAGAGCGGGCGGCGAGCACAGCAGCACGAGGAGGAGGAGGAGGAGGAGGACUGUCAGAUCAACUUCCUGAACGCAACAGAACCAGAGAAGAAGAAACUCAACACUGAGGUCAUAUAGACUGAGAGAGAGAGGGAGAGAGACAGAGAGAGAGGGAGAGAGAGAGAGGGCUGCAAGGUCAGAGGUCAGAGGUGUUGAAAACUGCAGCCGACAGCUUCACCUGCUUCAGUUCAGGUCUGAUCUGGGACCUGGUCUAAGAGCUGGUCUGGUUUAUAUGACCUUUACAAUGGUCCUGAGACUGUGAGAUCUGUGAGGGGUCAGGACUCUCCUGGAGGUUUAGGUUCUGACUGCCAGGGUGCAAACACUACAGUACCCAUAAUCCUCUGCUGCCACAGGGGAGGAGCUCAGGUUGCUGCAGGUUCCAGCUUCCACAGGACAGAACAUGAAGCUCUGUGAUUGGAUGUUUGUUGUCUGAGCUUCUUCUGGUUUAAGAUCAGAGUCAGAGCGUUAGAGGAAGACACGCAGACCUGAAACUGAGAGAAAGUAGAAACCCUGGAACCAGGAGAGUCUGAAGCCACAGCUCACACAGCUCUACAUGUUCAUAUGUCUCUGUGUAUCAAUGACUUGUUAAUAAGAAUAUAUUCAGUCAUAUAGAACCUGUAUACCAUAUAAAUCAGGAGGUAUGUGUUUAAUAUGACUGACGUCAGAUCAGUGAUUUUUAAUGACGUGUAAAUAUUCUUAUUUUGGACUGAACAGUGACGUCGUGUUUAUUCUGUUGUUCCUCUGUUGAAGGUUUAGACCCAGGUGUGUGAGAGUGAGUCCACAUGUGUGUUUAUCUCAGUGUGUUUUAUAUGGAUCAAACAGGAGCAGCUUUAAAUCUAAUUUAUUGGUGUCAUUUAUCAGCGCAGUGUGUGUGUCAUGUUCUGAGCGUUUUUAUAACAAACUGUGCAAUAAAGUUGUGAAUGCUGAGCUCUGAACGGUGUCAGCUGGCGUUCUUCACAGCAGACAUGACAGACUGAGAGGGAACACAGGUCUGAGAUCAGCAAACACAACCAGGCUGCAUCACCCUGACCUCCAGCUGUGAACCUGUGUCAGGAUGGUUUCCUGGAGCAGGAGAAUCAAACAUCCAGACAACAGUCCAGCACAGAGACGCUGACUGUUCCUGACAAUCUGCAGCUGUUUACAUGACCUCUUUACUACAUUUGGUUAUGUUUUACUACAUUAUGACAUUUUCAUUUUCUCUUUUUGAUGUUUUACUGCACUGUUACUUUUUUACCUUCAUUUUGGAUUACUAUUCCUUCUGCAUUACUUUUAUAUCACAGAUUACUUUACUGUUACCUCUAAUAUCAGAUUACCUGUACUAUUACAUAUUAUUUAAUUACAUCUUACUUCUGAUCAUUCUCAUUACUUUUACCAUUACUUCUAUUAAUACAGAUUACUUAUACAUUAUUUAACAUAGCAGAUUACUUCUGAUAAACUGAAUACUGAAUAUAAACAGUUUAAUGUCUGUGUGGGACAGUUGAUGUAAAGCUGUUGGUGAAUUACCUGGAGGCCUCUGUCAUGGUGUCAAACAACUUCUUCAUUGUACAAAGACUCUCUGUGAUCGUGGGCGAUGUUGUGGACGAAGUGGUGACACCUGGAGGAAAUCAAAGACAAACAUACAAAGGAAAAUGAUCAGUACACAACUACCUAUUCCUCAUCAACAGUUUUUGUUGUGUGUCUAUCAACCAAUCACUGAAGCAGUCGUGUGUUACUGUGAGCUGCACAACAAUAAUAAAAACAGUUUUCAGGAUUUUAACUUGUGUUGUUUAUUAUUCUUUAGUAAAAAGUCGUAGUAUUUCUUCCAC